AUGAAGUCAGUCUCUAUUUUCAGGAAUGCACCUCCUUCGCCGAACGACUCCGUACUAACGCAUGCGAGCUACCCGCCAUCGGCUCCUUCAGUGAACACCGUACUGCACGGACGGGCGGCGCGCCCAACACGGGCCCAGUUGCUUGCAAUAGCUCGGCGUUGCGAGUGGAGUGUGUUUGCUCUGGUUCUGAGCAGCGUUACCGCGUUUUGCUCUCUGGUUCUGACCAAGUCCACGCUCGCCGGCUUCCCCAUGCUCGCCAUGGCCAUCGCCAUCACCUUCCGAGGCAUCCCCUUGGUGCGCCGCGUUGCGGAAGGCAAAGAAACUCACGGAGCGAACGUCAUGUUCAUGUGCCUGAUGUGUCUCACCGCCGCCGUCAUGACCUUCUUCCUCUGGGCCGUCAUCUUCGUCACUGUCGUCUACACCCACCCCACGCCCACACCCUACAUCUUGGCGGUACUCGUUAGCAUGCCACUCACCUCCAGCGCUUUCUUCUUCACGUAA